AUGCAGGGAGGAGACUCGCGAAGCCUCACGGAGCCGCCGUUCAUCGCGCGUGUGAGCGUCUCCAUCAAGAGGAAAUGGCAGUAUCUGUUGGACAAGAGCACUAUCCAUGUGUACGGACGUUGGGGUGUGGCACUGGGCCUAUUGGCGCUCUACCUCGUGCGCGUGUUCUACCUCAACGCUUUCCACAUCGUGACCUAUGGCCUGGGUAUCUACCUGUUGAACCUGUUCAUUGGCUUCUUGUCACCGCAGAUGGACAUGGAGAGUGACGGCCCGCUACUACCGCACAAGCAGAGCGAGGAGUUCCGGCCGUUCACACGCCGCGUACCUGAAUUCCAGUUCUGGUACUCGACAUUCAAGGCCACCAUCGUGUCGCUGCUCAUGACGCUCAGCAGCGCCUUUGACGUGCCUGUCUUCUGGCCGAUCCUGCUCAUCUACUUCAUCGUGCUCUUCGCGCUCACCAUGAAGCGCCAGAUUAAGCACAUGUGGAAGCACAACUACGUCCCAUGGGACCAUGGGAAGCAGGUCUACAAGGGCAAGAAGAACGCCAAAUAG